AUGUCCCCGUUCUUGGACAGCAUCGCCACCAUCGUCGGCGUCUUCCAGCAGCACGCCCGGGGAGAUGGGGACGGCUCCGGGCUCAGCCGCAGGAGGAUGAGGGAGCUGAUCCAGAGGGAAUUCGCAGAUUCCCUGGUGAAGCCACACGACCCUCAGACCAUCGAGAAGAUCCUGCAGUUCCUGGAGUGGGAUGGGGACGGGGACAUCGACUUCAACGAGUUCCUCCUCCUGGUGUUCCGCGUGGCCAAGUGCUGCUUCUGGUUCCAGCCGAGGGCCCCGUUCCUGGUGCAGAGGACAAAGCUCCUGAGCAGCGGGAAAUCCCUGCGGGAGCCGGAAUUCAGGAGCAGAGGGAGCCGCCGGCAGCUCCAGGAGGAGGAGGAGGAGGAGGAGGAGGAACGACAAACGUGGGAGAGGAAUCGUGAGGCUGAGCUGCAAGGAGACCUCAGGGUCAGGGAGGUGGAAAUCUUGGAGGAAACGAGGAGGGACCAGCAGGAACGUCGCACACGGAGCAGGGAGGAACCACGCCAGGAGCUGAUCCCUCGGGAACGGAGCCAGGAGCCGUGCGAGCAGCGGGAGGGCCGGAGAAGGCGGCAGCCCCCGGAGCCGGACAGACCAGAGAGGAGAGACCAGGAGGAAGAGGAGGCAGACGUGAGGACAGGCAGGCAACGCCGGGAACCCCAAGCACGGCCGGACCGGUGGAGCCGCCAGGAGCCGGGGCGUGAUGAAAGAACCCAGCGGCCACGAGGAGCAGAUGGAGAAGGAGACAACCGGCCACGGGAACCCGAAUUGCUCCGGGAGGAGAGGAGCCGCCACCGCCGGCGUGAGCUGGGACAAAGGGAGCUGGAAGGGAGAAGGUGCCGGGCGGCCGAGCUGGAAUGUCCGGAGUCCAGGAGGCCACACCAGGCGUACCUGGAGGAACCGUUAGAGAUCGACCUCGGGGAAUGUGGGAGAGCAGAGCCUGAGGAACGCGGCUACGGACGGAGAACAAAGCGGGAACGGGAGCUGGAACUGGCGGAAAGGGAAAGGGAGAUCCGGGAGGAGCAGGAGAGGAGAGAAAGAGAUGAUCCCAGAAGAAAAGGGAGAACGAGAGAGAGAAGGGUGGAUGAGGAACAGGAGCUGGAGGUGGAGGUGUCUGAGCGCCGGGCACGGGAAAGGGAGGAAGAAGUGGCUGCCAGAAACCUGAGAGAGACACGGGAGAGACGAGAGCGAGAAAUUCGUGAGAUUGAAGAUGAUGGGAGGAGACAGAGAGAAUCAGUGAGGUUUGAAAGGGACAGAGAGAUCUCAGUGGCAGCAGCUGAAGCCGAUGUCAAAGUGCGCCGAGAGAUCCGGGAACGGGAGCCACGAGAGGAGCUGAGAAGGAGGGAAUGCCCCGUGAGUGUGGAGAAGACAGAAGAAUUUGCCCCAGAGGAGACAGGGAAGAGGCCCUGA